GUAUCUCUCCUGUUUGCUGCCCUUAGCACGAGUGGGGCCAACGUUAACGGGCAUCCAUCCAUACUGUUGCUCAUUUCUUCGGAUGUCGGGGGAAAAAAACCCGCUCUCUUCUUGUUGUUUUUCGAUCUCGAACGAUGAUGCGCGAGAAAAACGUGACCAUGGAGUGGCCAUGCUUUGGGGCACGCUCAGCGGCAGUCUCCAAACGAUUCUGAUGCCGUGUGUAUCGUUAGCCGUGUAACCGUCGUACACCGGGGGGAAACCCGAUGUCCUGCGAACAGCGCUACAGUUUGCCUCGAAUAGCUGGUGCCCGAUCGGGCGCUUGUGUGGAGAGGGUCAGUCGCGCAACAGAGCGAAAGACAAAAUCGGAGAGCGAAUAAUAGAUGAGAGGAGAAUUUCGUACCACACGAGCAGAUCCGCUGGCAUACUGUCACAAGCCAGCAUUCCAGAUUCGCCAUUAGGUCCUUGCCAAGCUAAAGUGACAGUGGGUUCCUUAUCCGUCGAUAUUGAAUCAUUUUAUCGGGAUUCCGUACCGUCCAAAAGGUUUUCCAUGGUGUGGAGCCCAUGAAGUUGUUGCGGAACAACUACUCCGUGUACAUACAUACGAGCGCUUUCCAUUUGCGGAGCCCCUAAACACUGCUAAACGAUGCAGACAGACACACUGUGAGAGAAGGUAGAGAGAGUAGCAGCAUCCGUGGCGCUGAGUAAACGAACAGUUAAAUUAUGUACUGCAUAAGAUUAGGUCAAUUUUUGUUCCUGUUGAAAGCGCACAUGCCGACAUAAUACUUGUACGAUGGUACAACACCACCACUGUUGUUGCUACCGCUAUAUACACCACGAUUACUACCACUGUGUUGCGACCGCGAAUACUAAUAUUACUGCUACAACUACUACACAACUAUUGCUACUAUGGCUACCACUACUAUGAAGCAUCACAACCAUUUGUGCUAGUGCUAGGGCAGCUCCACUUGUCAUCCUCGUGGACAGUAUGAAGAGUCCUUCACUUCUGAGAAGCAUCAUCCCAGACGGCGUAGCUUUCAGCUCAUGACAACCGUUGCAUAGCGGGUGUCGUUUUUCCUGUCAUUCACCAUUUUCUAGGUGUUGCUAUAGUUGCAAAUCGUUUCAUAGCUACCUACAUUUAAACGAUUGCAGUAGUCAGAAUAGAAAGGAAAGAGUUUCGGACUCAGAAUCACAGAACAGUGUUGCUGGUUUUGUUGUUGUUCUCAACUUCAACAACAACCCGAGCUUAGGGUGAGGAUGCUGAAAGUGUUAGCGACCGUUUGUAUCUGGGGUGGAAGUCUUUCAACUAAUCAUACUCACUAACAAGCGGAAAUUUCCGUGUUUAGUUUAAUGAUUUGCUUCUCCAACAAUGAGAUAAUGAGAGAUUACCAUAGUGCAUGGCGUAACAAGCUAUUCGUCCACAUUUUAUUCACCUGUAAAAGUGUUAGUUAAUGAGCUGCUGGAGAAUUAGUUUAAUUCAGUUUGCCGAAGCAACAGUAAAUCCAUUUUAGACCAGAAAUUCUAGAGACAUCAUCAUCAUCAUCUUGAGAGGUUUGGGUGAACUACGUGAAGAACAGUCGAAAGUAUCCUUUUUUGAAAUGUUUCUUUACAAAAUAAUGUGUGUGUGUGUAUGUUGGGACGAUACCUACUAUUGAAGGUGAAACAGUAAACUCGCACGUUCUUUCUCAUGCAGAAAAAUUAUUCAUUACGUUUUACAGCGUUUUCCAUCAAACACAUCUCCAUGUCACCCAACGGUAGUGUACUUAAGAGAUAAACAAUUUUCUCGAAGGAUGUCAUUCUCAUCACCAUCGUCAUGCUUGCGCGUAAAUGACUUUCUUUUCCUCGCAACAACCGAUGGGCAGAACCGGCAACGGUGCCCACGCGAACACUGAAGAUGAAUGCGGUCGUAAAAAAGGAAAACCGCUUUCGCUUCGAUCGAGAUGUAGUACGAAACGUUCUGACUAUCUAGCCCACUAGAUGCUUCCAUGCUGGGAAGCAGCACAUUCAUGUGACAUGGCUUGCGGGUAGUGAGGCUAGAAAAAGUUGGUCCGUUUUUGUUAGCCUAAACAUAGAGCGGUGUACCUUACAACGGUCGUGAAACGAACCUGGAAUGAAGGUCGCUGUUGGCCUUUUGACCGUGUUGGAAAUGGAACACGGGGCAAGGCAGGGUAAAGGUAAACUUUAGCGAGAGGCGCAGAGGUAGACAGUGCGGCCGGAAUCCUUGGCAGCCAAGUAAUGUCGGCGGCUAAGGCCAAACCGGGUCAACAAAGUGUGCCCUCCGGCCGCGAAUGCAGAGGCUAACCGAAAUUGCAGAGCUCACGCACCUGGCUUGUGGUUCACGUGUAGCAUUUUAUGUAACCUCCGUAAGCUGAAGAAAGAAAAUAAACGGUUGGUGCUGGAAUGACACAAGCGAGAAAGAUAGAUGGAUGAAAGAGGAAGAAAACGAGAGAGAGAGAGAGAGAGAUAGAGAGAGAAAUAAAGGAACAAGACCAGAAAAAAGUAAGAAUCGUUCGCCUGGUGCUGGUGGCCUUCGACGAGUAAGGCGGCUGUAAAUCAAUCGGAAAACUGAAUCAAAAAAGAAGCAAAAACGAAACGGCGCGGAACCUGUGUAGUGAAUCCGAUGCCACAGCAGUAGGCAUCGAACGUAACCGUAACCGCACCAGCACACGGUGAGUGAUGUAGUAUAGCAAGGGCUUCGCUAAAUAUCAAUUUGUAUUACUUUUGACAGUUCGUAUUUACGAUCCUUACAAACUUCACAAGUAGGCACCAGCGAGCUUUUCAACGAGCAAAAACCAAAUCGCCUCGACAAAAACAGGGGGAACCUAUAUGUGAACCAUUAGACAUGUCGUGAGUAAGAAAACGUGCAAUUGCUUUACGUGGAGCAUGUAAAAUGAAAAAGCCCCAUUCGUUAUAAUGGCAAACACAAACACACACACACAUACGUAGAGAAAUGGUGCGGAAGGGGGAGAGGGGAAGGAUAAAGUGAGUCACGAGUGUGUGAAAAAGCGAAACGGAACGGGAGUUGUAAUCGUAAAGGGGGAGAAAAUCAAAAUGGACGGAUGUCCGAAUGGGUUAGCACCCGGAAUCAAACCUUUAAUUAUUGAUAGAUAUCUGCGAACCAGUUCCAUGUGUAGUUGGCUGCUAACGUGACUGUAUUUCUUCACUUGCAUGCGAUACACCAUCACACAGCGAUCUACAUAUAUGCCCUUGCCCCAAUAUCGAGCGGUUUUGUUGUAUCCUUUACGAAAACUUACAUGCUCCAAACGGCUGUGAAACUUUGAAUUGAAAUAGCCGAGCCAAAUAGCUGGUAUAGCAAAUGGUUGAAAAAAAGGGUUUCACCAUCGGUGUUAGGCACGCCGAGCAUAGCAUUGGAAUAGAACUGGCGGAUUUGUUCGGGAUGUGGUUUGCUCGUUUGGAAGAAUAUGUUUUAUUAUGUCCUUUUACUUCACGCAUGAUUAUCAUCGGUGGUGGUUUCGGAGCUAAAGUAAGCUUCUGUUUUCGGUUAUCUUUCACAUAUUACACCGAUAUCGAUACACAGGGCGGAAGCUCCGUCUCCGUGCAAUGACGAGACAACUUUCCUUCCCAGUGUGUACAUCGAUUUUGGCUACAGCCAAGGACAAAUGUCAAAAAUGUAGCGUAGGCGUAGAAACAAAUCGAAGCAGGCUGAGGGUGUUAUAUGGUGAGAUGUGAAAAUCAUUCCAAAUACAUGUAGGUACGCCCGUGUGAGCCAUCCUUUCUGCGCCACGUUCUUAGCUGGGAACGAGCAAAUGGCAAAGCUUCUUAGAAUGCCAGCACGAUAGAGCAACGCGCGGAUGUUCUCUAGCUCUGGCAGGCAGCAUAACAAACUGACACCGUGUGGAAUCGGCGAAUGUUGAUGAAAGAGGGUAAAACUGCGCCAAGCCAGCAAUCCGUAGCCACGCGUGUUUGGUGGGGGAGAUGUUAUUUCACAGCACCAUCGUCAUUAAGCGCAAAGUGCUGCCAUAGAAACGGGGAUGGAAACAAAACGGCAUCACAUCCUUAUACAAAUAUGUCUGCAAGCGAUGAACGAUUUGAACUGACAAAAGUAGAAAACAGCUAAAGCAAAUGGAAAGCAACGAAACAAUAAUAAAAAAAACACAAGAAUCCCCAUCCCCCUUCUCCCGGUAAACAAAACAAAAACAACGUUAUAAGUCACUUCGUCAAACAAACUCGCUCUUCAGCAACGAAUUAACGCGAGCUUGGUACUGGGUAGCCUAUGGCGUCGACUUACAGCUCUGCACAGGUAGAUGCUUACUUUUCCCGUUCCGGUGUAGACAGGAAAUACUGAGUGUACAUUGUGUGCAUGUUUGUGUGUGUAUGUGAGUAUAUGUGCAGUGUGUCUGUUUGUGCAUGUGUUUCGCAGGUUGGUGUUGUCGAUGGCUUCGCAACAAAAGCUCCCAAAACACAUCCAUCCGUCACUAGAGUGAAGUGGCAUAUCAUCAUGGCGCUCAACAGCAGUAAAGGGCGCACAUGAAGUAAAGUGGCGUAAUCGGAGCUGGAGGAUCGAUCAGGAAUGCAUUAGUGUGUCUAUUUACCGCUAGUGCCUGCACACGUGUGUGCCCGUGGCCGUUAGUGAUUCUGUGUGUCUCUGUGUUUGUGUGUGGCCGUGUUCUAUACCAUCCCAUCUCAUCGCUUAGUGAGCAAAACGAAACAACAAGCUGCUGGUGUGAAAGAAACGGGGCAACGGUUGGCAGCAAGCAAUGUGAUCUAUACCCCACCGUACGAUGCACUCGCCGAAUGUAUGGUGCAGCACCGUGGGAUCUAGUAGCGUGCAAUGUGACGACAGUGAAACCGUGCGUGGCAAGCGAGGAAAAUUGCAUUCUCAAACGGUGAAAAAAGUGCACUGUUACUGAAGGGUUUUCGGGCACCGGUGGUACAGGUCCGGCAUAGUGUGUCGCCUGUGUAAGAAGGUUCUAAGGGCAGAAUGCAACGGUACGAUAUGGUACGGCACGGUGCAGAUAGCUGCAAUUCAUCAUCGUUGCACAUGGGCGAAAUGCGCUCCAGCGAGUUGUGCACACCUGAUGACGUUAUCUUUUGAUCACGUUAGCAACAACAACAACAACAACAACCACAAAGAAAAACCGAAAACAGCAAAAAAAAACAAACAGGCAAUACGUGAAGAAAUACGAUUGUGAAACGGCGAAAGAACGUACCGGCCACCGACGCUCUCGGAACAAAAUUGAAUCAAGAUCGACUUUCUCGCCCUGCAGCCUACGACCAGAUGAUUGCUUGUUUACCCCAUCGGAUCGAUGUCGGCGGUACCCGACGACGGCGUGGCAAGGCUGGAUAAAAGCACCGGUGGAGGCGUGAAACUCAAUCACUAAUGUACAACCGGGGUGAAGCAGGGCGGACGGAAAGCACACCACAAAUCACGCACACAACCAUCAGCAGCAACAAAAAAUCGAAAGCAAAAUAAAUAACAGGACCCCGCGCCACCGGAAUUCGCGUUCACCGCACUUGCCACAUCGAAAUUCGUCGCAACACAUCAACGUUAGGGUGCUGUCGCAUUCGGCGGACUCAGUGAAUAAAACGAAACCGUACCUCCGCCAGUGCCCGCGAACAUAAUCCGAAAUCGAUCGGCCACGAAAUAAUAAUAAAAAAAAAACGUGGUAAGUUUGGCACCGGAACCAUAGGACGUGUCCUCGCGGCAUUCGGAACAGUACGCGCGGCACGUGUUGCCGAGGGGUAGAGAUUAUCAUAAAAUUAAAUCAAACUCGGCUCAACUUACUUACUGGUCGGACUCGCUGCCCCGUGGCCAUGUAUCCGUCGUCGCUAGUGUUGGUGCUGACAUUUGCUCAAAUUGUGCUGGUGUUCGUGGGGGACCGGGGGGCGACCGGAUCGCGGCCCGGUUCCAGCCACCGAAUGGACGUGUACAUAGCGGGUUUCUUCCCGUACGGCGAAAGUGUGGAGAACAGUGAUAUCGGGCGCGGUGUCAUGCCGAGCGUGAAGCUAGCGCUCGACCACGUGAACGAACACUCGACCAUCCUGCGCAACUACCGGCUGCACAUGUGGUGGAACGACACGGAAUGCAAUGCGGCGGUGGGCAUGAAAUCGUUCUUCGACAUGAUGCAUUCCGGACCGCACAAAUUGAUGCUGUUCGGGGCGGCCUGCACCCACGUGACGGACCCAAUCGCCAAAGCCAGCAAACACUGGCACUUGACGCAGCUGUCGUACGCCGACACGCAUCCGAUGUUUACCAAGGAUGCUUUUCCGAACUUUUUCCGCGUGGUGCCAUCGGAAAAUGCGUUCAAUGCGCCGCGGUUGGCACUUCUGAAAGAGUUCAACUGGACGCGCAUCGGCACCAUCUACCAGAAUGAGCCGCGGUACUCGCUGCCGCACAACCACAUGGUCGCCGACCUCGACGCGAUGGGCUUGGAUGUGGUCGAGACGCAGAGCUUCGUGUACGAUGUGGAGGAAUCGUUGCGCAAACUGCGCGAGAAGGAUGUCCGCAUCAUCUACGGGAACUUCAACGAGUUUUGGGCCCGCCGGGUGUUCUGCGAAGCAUUCAAGCUGGACAUGUUCGGUCGAUCCUACCAGUGGCUCGUCAUGGGCACGUACGGCAACGAGUGGUGGUCGGAGAACGACACUGACUGUUCGGUCGAGCAUGUCACGACGGCUCUCGAGUCGACGAUUCUUGUGGACCUGUUACCAUUGUCCACCAGCGGGGACAUCACCAUUUCCGGCAUUACAGCCGAUGAGUAUCUGACCGAGUACAACAGCCGUCGGGGUGGCGAAUAUUCGCGCUUUCACGGCUACACGUACGAUGGGAUCUGGGCCGUUGCCAGCGCCAUUCAGUACGUGUCCCAGCGUAAGGAACAUUCCCUGACACACUUCGAAUAUCGCGUGAAGGACUGGGAGGACAUAUUUUUAGAAGCGCUCAAGAACACUAGCUUCGAGGGAGUUACGGGACCGGUGCGAUUCUACAACAACGAACGGAAAGCCAGCUUUCUGCUGAAGCAGUUCCAGAACGGUGCGGAGGUAAAGAUUGGGGAGUAUAGUUCACUCACCGGCCGGUUGGAUCUUAGUUUGGGCCAUCCAAUGAAAUGGGUCGGUCGGAGUCCACCGAAGGACCGAACGUUGCGCAUUAUAGAGCACAGUCAGGUGAACAUUACCAUCUUUGUUGUGCUCGCGAGCACCUCCUGCGUGGGCAUCAUUAUGGCGACCGUGUUUCUCGCCGUCAACAUCAAGUUCCGCAACCAAAGGUACAUUAAGAUGUCCAGUCCUCACUUGAAUAAUCUCAUCAUCAUCGGUUGCAUCCUCACGUACUUGAGUGUCAUAUUUCUCGGACUUGACAGCGGCCUCAGUAGUGUGGCUGCCUUCCCGUACAUCUGUACGGCGAGGGCUUGGCUGCUGAUGGCCGGUUUCAGUUUGGCAUUCGGGGCAAUGUUCUCCAAAACAUGGCGCGUACAUUCCAUCUUCACCGACUUGAAGCUAAACAAGAAGGUGAUUAAAGACUACCAGCUGUUUAUCGUUGUCGGUGUGCUGCUUGCGAUCGAUCUGGCGAUCAUGACGACCUGGCAGAUAGCGGACCCAUUUUAUCGCGAAACGAAAUACAUCGAACCAUCGGAACAUCCAACGCUCGAGGACGUGAUCAUCGUGCAGGAGAACGAAUACUGCCAGUCGAGCAAAAUGACCAUCUUUAUCGGGGUCAUCUACGCGUACAAAGGGCUGCUGUUAAUCUUCGGUGCCUUUCUUGCCUGGGAAACCCGUCAUGUGUCUAUACCGGCACUGAACGACUCUAAGCACGUCGGCCUGUCGGUGUACAACUGUGUGAUCAUGUGCGUGAUGGGGGCGGCCAUCGCACUCGUACUGUCCGACCGCAAGGACGCCAUGUUCAUACUGAUAUCCGUUUUCAUCAUUUUCUGCACGACGGCCACACUUUGUCUGGUGUUUGUGCCAAAGCUGGUGGAGCUGAAACGAAACCCAAGCGGGGUGGUAGAUAAAAAGGUACGUGCCACGUUGCGUCCCGUGUCGAAGAACCGGCGUGAUUCGUCUGCCUGCGAACUGGAGCAAAGAAUGCGCGAUGUUAAGCAGACCAACUGCCGCUUCCGGAAGGUGCUGAUGGAGAAGGAAGCGGAGCUGCAGGCACUCAUCAAACGACUCGGACCGGAAGCUCGUGCUUGGAUUGGGCUGGAAGCGUCGUCGUCCGAGCCGGACAUUAACAAGGAAUCGGUAAAGGUUCAGGUUAAAAAGGAUUACGCCAGUGAAGGAACUGACUUCACCUCCAUCGGUAGCGUAGGCUCGAGCAAUGACACACUGGAUUCAGCAGGACCCGAAAGUCGAAAGCAAAAGAAAACGACCGUGAUCCUUCCUGGAGAAGAGGUACCAACGGCCCCAGUUGCAACGUCUGGAUCGCGUGCCAAUCUGGCAACGGCCAUUACAACAAUGGCCGUAGGAGCCGGUGCGGGAGUAGCAUCUAUUGCGGCAGCAACGACCGCCUCAGUCGGGCAGGUGCAAUCCAAUCAAGCUACGCAGGCAACCAACACCGUACACAAUGCAGCAGCACAAUCAGCUACCAGUGCAAUAAAUAAUGCCAAGUCGACUCAGGCAACCGCAGCACAGACUAUCAACGUCAGUACAAGCGUGCCGGUCGAUCCGAGUAAACCAAUGUUCAACGACGUCCGGCGGGAGUCCGUGUCGGCCAGCUCGAAGUGGUCGCCGGGACAGUCGCUGCAUCAAACGCAGCAACAAACACAAACAGUGGAACAGCAUCGGUACUACGAGGACGAACGCGCGACAAACGGCCCUACGUCGGUGGCGAAAUUUAGCACGCAAGCGAACAGCAGUUCUACGACCUCAAUCACACAUUCCAACACGGAACUGAAUCAAUUGUGCCAUCACUCGAAAGCGAGUAGCAAGAGUAGAGGAGACAUGACUAACGACGGAUCAAGGCGCGUCAGUGUGCAGAUGUCAUCCUCGUUGAAAGGAAAUUUUGUCGUGUCGCAAAGUGAUCUGUGGGACACGCACACAUUGUCCCAUGCUAAGCAGCAUCAGCGACAAUCGCCACGCUCACAUCAAGGAUCGAAUCGUUGUCCUGACCAUGGACAUCUCAACCAAACCCAACAGCAGCAGCAGCAGCAACAGCAACAGCAGCAACAACAACCACAUCAGCAGCAGCAACAACUGCACGCUCAGCAGCAAUACGAAUAUGACAAUAGUGCAACCACAUCUCCCGGGCCGAUCCAGCGAAGCGUGUCGGAAAAGAAUCGCACCAAGCAUCGGCACAAACAGCAGCACAAAAGUACGGCGUGCCAGAGUGAGACCGACAGCGAACGAGAACAGCGUGACUAUCAGACCUUCUCGUCGUCUAUCUGCUCCACGGCGGCCAGCUCGACGGCAACCGUCUCCAUGGUCGGCAGUACGGCCGGUGGCGCUAGCGUCAGUGCUGGCGGGUACGUUACCCCAACCAAAAUGUCGUCACGAAGACUGACUAAGUCGCAACACUCGCACCACCAUUCGACACCCAAUGUGGCGCCGGGCGUGGAGCGAGCUGGCACGAUGGAUCGCAAACAUCGAUCGAGCGAUUCACGUGGGACGGCCGAUGGAAGUACGGGCGGCCAUGUGGGUGGUGGCCACAUCAGUAAGCAUCGAAAGAAGGAAGGCUCAGCCUCGAAACCGAACCUAUACGGUGCGUGCUCCGAAUCGGAGCUGCUCGAUGGCGAAACAGCCAUUCUGCCCAUCUUCCGCAAGCUGCUAAACGAGAAGGAUUCUAGGUACCGUGCUAGAAAUAUGGUAGGCGCCAGUUGCCCUAAUAUAUCGAUUAAAUGUGAUAUUGUUGAGUAUUUGUAAACUUUCCAAAACCCAACGACGUGCAUCGUAAAACGCUCUCCUCGCCAACUGUAACGAUUCACAAGCUCGUGAAUUCAAUUUCGUGAUGGGAUUUGUGCCGUGCGACAGGAAAGAUACUAUCGUGGCAGUACUUUACGCAUUUGCUCUGACAUGUGGACAGAGUGGUACAGUAAAGCAGUACUAUUACCCGGAUCCGUGAUCCGACGAUACGAUGUUCGUGUUGAAGAAAAGACAGCAAGUGGUUUGUGUCUUGAAUAUUCAGUGCAUGCGUGCCGCUGGAAAGGAUGUGAUUUGGUUUAAAUCGUAGUUACCUGUGCAUUUUUUGUUUGUUGCGUUUCUCUUUCUUCACCACUAUUGUUGUUAGGUACAUUCAUUCCAAGCGGAGAUUAUUUACAUACUUUAUUGGUGUACCAUUGAAAUGUAUCAAUUACAGUAGUUUCCCAAUGAAUUGGCAAAAAAAAUAGGCGCCCAAGGUUCCACCUGUUGAUUCUUGAAGAAAUGAAAUCUCAUGGACGUGAAAAGUGCACAAGCAAAACGAUUAGAAAGGAAAUUACCAUGUACGCAUAGUAGCCCUCGCUAGCGGGCGUUUGUAAGAAACGGGCUUUUAUUCGUGAAACUGAUGGAUACAGUAGCGUAGCUCUUUAGGAAAGAAAUGAACAUGUGAAGCAAACGUAAUAAUAAUGAUACAAAACUUUAGGAUAGAUUGUUUUGAUAAUUGUGACUGUUAGCAAUUUAACCCGCAAGGACGUUAGGAUAGUUUGAUCGUUAGAAUGCGUCGGAGAAGCAAACAAAAAAAAUGCAACGAGACAUCAAUGCAGAAGGAAUCAAUGUCCAUUGCAUUACUGUAAAAAUCCGUGUAUACAAUUUCAAUACAAGUUCAAACGGUACGCGUUCAGUACGGUACGGACAGGCAAACACGUUUUUACACAUUUUUGAUACUCAAAAGUGUUUUUGUUACAGUUACUGUAGACGGUUACAGUCAAGGUGAAAGACAAAAAAGUGUGCAAUGAAUCCAGUUGAAUUUGUUCAUUUAUGUGAAAGCAUAAAAUGACAAUAGAUUUAAACAAUUAAUGUAGCGGCGCGUACACGCGUGCCGGUUAGGUAAGGGCAAGUUAAGGAAAUCACAGAGGCAGCCAGCCACCUGCUGGUGCUAUAGAAGCAGAACGCGUAUGAUGGUUCUCUAGCAUGUAAUUAUUGUGACACGCUAUUCUUUACGUACGAAGCUGCGCGCGCGUGCGCGCGCGUUUAGAAGCGAAAUCGCAUCUGAAUGUUAUGUUUGUGUUUUUAGUUUUCGCAAAUGUACGUGUUGUUGAGCGCUGUUUUUAGAAGAACAAGAUUUCAAACUCUCAUUUCCAAGUUCAACGAUCUUCAUAUCGAAUCGAUGUUUAAGGCUAAUGGUAAAUUUUCGACAACUUAGAAAUAGGCAGCUAAACGAAUUAAAUGGUAAAGUUGCCCUCAGUCGGCCCUGGUCCUGUCAACCGGCGCUCACAUCUAGAACAUAAGACAAAUCAAUCGGGAAAAGGUAAGCGUACGAUCACGCCAUAGUGGGGUGGGAUACGUGCAAGCAGGACUGGAUUGAGAGUAAGGACGAAUGGAAGCGGACACAUGGCGCACAUUGCGAAGCAUGCAAACAAAACCGGCAUCUAGUGUAGGAAAACGUAAGGGUAACAUUAAAAAACUAGUCAAUACAUCUGCAAAAACAAAACGAUUAUAUCAAUCAAUCCAGACUGUGUUCGUUGAGAGCGUUCAUUACUUGUAGAAACAAAACAAAAACAAAAAAAACAAAAACAAAACCCGAAUGCAAUUGUGAAACGAAAAAGCAUUGCACCCGUAAUGAUUGAGG